AACAACGAAUGAUAUUAGAACGAAUUAUAACAAAAAAGUAAGAUACCAGAUCGAAAAUUUACAAUCGGGAACUUCAUACCAGUUUCGCUUGAUAUUGAAAUAUCUCGAAUAUAAGGAAACUUUUACAUGGCCGACUGAUGAAAGAUUUAUUUUUUCAACACGUGGUAGCAAACGUGAUGAUAUUUCGAACACUCCUGGAAAGACAAACUAUUAUUUACUAUUGAUGUUAAGUUUUAUCAUUAUAGUUAUUAUAAUCUGCAUCUGCUAUUUUUACUGUUUAUAUCAUCGACGCAGAAAUAAUAAUAAGCAAUUUUUGUCUUCAACAAUGGCCGACAUGGAAUUAGCGAUUCUACAUGAAGUACCUUGCCAAAACACUCAAUUGAAUAUGCUUUACAGUCCUAUGUUACAUUAUAACCCGGAUGAAUAUGUGAUAACUAAAAUCGAACGUAAACAAAUUACAUUAACAAAACUUCUUGGUAGCGGCGCAUUUGGAAAAGUGUUUCAAGGAAAUGUGAAGAACUUAGAAAGAUCGGGCACAGAGAUAUCCGUUGCAAUAAAAACGCUUCAAGAAGGUGCUUCUUCCAAUGAGAAAAAGAAAUUUUUAAAAGAAGCCAAGCUUAUGAGUCACAUUCGACAUACACAUAUAUUAAGAUUGUUGGCCAUUUGUGUAGAUGGGGAUUCUCCAUUACUAGUGUUGGAAUUGAUGGAAAUUGAUCUGUUAAAAUAUUUAAAAGAUAGUCGAAAUUUGCAAGCGUCAGAUUUGCAUGCCUUGCGUUUGCAGGAUUUACUCGCCAUGUGCGAAGAUGUUGCGCGAGGCUGUUGCUACUUGGAAGAGUUGCGCUUCGUACAUAGAGAUCUUGCGUGUCGCAAUUAUUUAGUAUCUUCGAGAAAUCGCGAGAAUCGUGUCAUUAAAAUUGGAGAUUUUGGAUUAGCUAGAAAUAUGUACAAGGAUGAUUAUUAUCGCAUGAAAGGAGAAGAUCCGCUUCCUAUUCGCUGGAUGGCACCGGAAUCUUUGACAUUCGGCAUAUUUACUUCUCAAAGCAAUGUUUGGUCAUUUGGUGUUUUAAUAUAGGAAAUUACAAUGUUGGGUGAGCAACCUUAUAUUGACAAGUCUAAUGAAGAAGUGAUAAAUUAUGUACGUGCUGGAGGCAAACUGCCGAUAAAUCUUAACUAUACGUCAAUAUUGAACAAGUUGAUGCUACGUUGCUGGCGUACAGCGAGUGCUAGGCCAAAUUUCAAAUUAUGUUUGAAAAAUAUUAUAGCAUUAAGAAAGAACAUAGAAGAUGCCUUACUGAUUGUGAGUCCAGUCGACAUUAUUUAGCCGAUAUAAUUAAAUUAAUGUUUAUCUUCG